UCCCCGUUUUGACCUUCCCUCUCCUCGCCUCUGCGCUCCUCUUCUCCCUCUCUCUCUCUCUGCGAUCUGGAGAGCCAGGCGCCACGCGCUCCCCCUCCUCUUCUCCGGCGCCGCCUCCGCCGGCUCGCCUAGCCGUCCCCGGUAGCACGAUUUUCUGACUGAGGAUUUGUCAAGCUUCAUUUAAUUUUUCAUCCCUGGGAGGUGCUGAAACCUAAGGAUGAGCUCUCGUCGUGUGAAGUGGAAUGAAGACAACCUGUAUGAGAUUGAAUCAAACAAACCUGUUAGGCAGAAGAUAACUGAGCCUAAGACACCAUAUCACCCUAUGGUAGAUGAUGAUGGGUCAUUGUCACCGACACGUCCUUUUGACAAGUGUCUGGAUGAGUCUGUUAAUGCUGAAGCUAUUUUAACUGCUUUAAAUGGUGUGGCUUCUUCAAGCAAAACUGAUUCGAAGGAUGAUGGUUGGGCAUCCUCAGAUGAUGAUGCAGAUGCCAUGGAACAAGAUGAUGACCCAGAAGCUGAGAAGGCAAGGCUGAGUUUCAAGGAACAUCGUCGUGCCCACUAUGAUGAAUUCCUCAAGGUGAAGGAGCUGAUGCGCUCUGGGUCGCUGAUUGACGAGGAGGCUGAGGAGGAUGACAAAGGUGCAAAAGGCAGCCACUCCAAAGCUGUAGGAAGGAAGGCAGCGGACGCAGACCGCACACCCCCACCCCAAACAUGAAGCAGUGAAGCUACCGUUCCUUUCCUUUUUUUCCCCGUUGUUUGCUAAAAGCUAGGAAAAUGCUAAACAUAGCAGAAGCAUGCGGUGUGCCUAAAUUGUGUGAGUAUGCUUGCGUGUGUUAGAUCCUUGUAUUCAAAAUCAGAUGGCAAUCUGUAACUAAACAACGUAGCCGUUCAAUCUUCCCCUUUUGUUUUAAGAUCUUGAUGUACCUAGAACGGCUUUGAUUGACCUACCGAGCAACAUUUACUUCCUGAAUGUGAAUGGUGAUCUCCCUCACAUUUUCGCUUGA